GUUACGAGAGCUUCCAGCAGCCACAAGGACAGAAGCUGGUUCGUUAUCAAGUCGCUGUUAUCGUCAGAGACCUCCCAAGUCCUAUGACAAGAAGGUCAAAUGUGUGCACCAUGUACACGGUUUUGCUCAAGGCGCCGACCCUCGUGCCGGAGCCCGCCGGGGCCGAGCCGCCGGUCGCCGAGGCCGAGCCGCCGGGCGGCUUGGCCGGUGGAGUCGUCCCGGCGAAGGCCGCGCCCUGGACCUCUCGUGGUGCCCGGCUGGGCCCGAGCCAUGUGCGCAUGGCCACGGGCACUGCGAGGGGGUGGUGCGACUGGCCGGAGCACUUGAGGGAACGGGCAGUGGAGGUCGGCGGCCUGGCGGCGCUGCCCAUCAGUGUCGAGGGCGCCUUGCCCAAGUUCUGGAUCCCCAUCUUCAACGAGACCUCCAGCUCGCUGACAGCGCUCGCUGACAGCCCUCGUGCCCUGGAGGCCCUGGAGGCCUCGCUCCAGCUGGCCGAGCGCGGCGGGGACAGCGCGCAGGCGUCGCGUCUUCGCCAGAGGUUGCAGGAGCUAGAGGAGGCCAACCCGUUUACCGCGCUGCUCUGGCGGCAGCAGAAGCAGGUCCGCGACGCGGCGUGCAAGGUGCUGCUCGGCCGCCAGGAGCCGCUCGGCGAGCGGCUAGAGGCGUUGCGCUCCCUGCGAAACCUGGCGAUGCCGCCAGCGGCCGCGGCUGGCGCCGAGGCGGCGCUGCAGUCGGUCCUGGCCGAAGUGGCGGGCCCGGGCGCGGCGGAGCUGCGGGGGGCGGCCGAGGAGGCGCUGUGGGCGUGCUACUGCGCCUCAGGCGACGACGAGAUCGAAGAAAAGAUGCGGCGCGGAGGCGCCCUGCUGGAGCGGCGAGACUUCAAGGCUGCCGUCGCUGUGUUCACCGAGGUGGUCGACUCGGCCCCCGACUUCGCAGAGGGGUGGAACAAGCGGGCGACCGCGUACUACCUUAUGCAGGAGUACCAGCUCUCCCUAGAGGACUGCGACAGGGUCCUGUCCCUGAAGCCGGGCCACUUCGGGUGCCUUUCGGGCAAGGGCAUGUGCCACAUGUCGCUAGGGCAGGGCAAGCAGGCUGCGGCAACCUUCAAGCGCGCCCUGACGGUCCACCCCGGAAUGGGAGGCGCGCUGCAGGCCCUGGACAGGCUCGACCGGAAAGGUAACCUGCAAAAGCUCCUGGUGCCCCGGGCGGACGAGGUGAUCCAGGCCAUCGAGAGCAACCGCAGCGCGCCCAGCAGCUGGGAGCUGGGCAGCGGCCUCCGCGGCGAUGGCAACGACGGCGUCGCGGUCGACUGGGACGUCCACCAGGUCGCCCCGGACGGCAGCGGUGGCCCGCUGACGUACUUCUUCCGGGUGGGCUUCCGGAACAAGAGCAUCGGCACGGUGCCCGUCCGCAGCCUGGGCCGGUUCUACGUGCUGAGGUUCGAGAGCGGCCGGGUGUUCCCGAUCAUGCGCCCGACGGAGGGCGCCGCCGAGUUCUACUUGGAGCCUGGCGAGGAGUACAGAUACGCGUGGAUCUUCAGCGUGAGCCAGCCCCUGGCGGAGAUGCACGGUGGGAUGCUGCUGGACCGGCCCUCCCGGGCGGCCACCUCGGACCGCGAGCGCUUCGUGGGGGCGAACUUGCCUGUGCUGCCGGUGAGCCAGGCGCCCGAGGUCGGCGUGCAGCACCUCGAGGUGCUCGCCGAGGGGCACGUCUUCAUGGGCCAGCUCGACCUCACGCAGCUGGACAAGUGAGCCGCGCUUUCCCAGGACCCCCUCGCGUCAUGAAAAGGUAAUGGCCGAAGCUUUUUCGCCAUCUUCGGCCUGCGGGUUCCUUGAUUUCUGGACCUCGGGACCGUCAGAAAACAACUCGGGAUGAAAAACGGGUCCCGGGUAAUGGGUACGGACCAUUGGAAGUCGACGUCAUACAAAAAACAACAAACAUGGCGUCAGAUGCCUGGGGUUGGUGCGCGCCGCCAUUGGGGGGGUAGACCUUCCGGGCUCUGCAGAGGCGG